ACAGAUGAGGAACACAACACAGUCCACUACAGAGAGAGAAACUAGUGUUAGUUUACUGAAUGUGGAAAUGAAAAUAUAGAAAAGGGUAAAACUCUGAAAAUAUGCAUAAUAAUGUCUGGAAUUGUGAAUGAUGGUAUGGAUAAAGGUUCAAUAAUGGACUCAGAAGACCGAAUAGAAAGGACUGUUGAUAUCUACGUCAGUGCAGAGGCUGUAAGAGACAUGAAACAUAAGAAAGAGACAGAAGACUUCAACACAGAAGAACCCCGAACACCUCGACACACAGAAGACUUCAACACAGAAGAACCCCGAACACCUCGACACACAGAAGACUUCAACACAGAAGAACCCCGAACACCUCGACACACAGGAAGUGAUGGUGUGAUGAUCUCCAGAGCAGCUGGUGUGUGUUUGGGGCUGAUGUGUGUUCUUCUGAUGACUGCAGUCAUAGUGUUGUGUUUCAUCUUCACUCAAGAGAGACAACAGCUACUAACCAACAAUAUGAGCCUCACUCAAGAGAGACAACAGCUGCAGACUAAUAUCACCAACCUCACAGAAGAGAGACAACAAUUACUAACCAACAAUAAGAACCUCACAGAAGAGAGACAACAAUUACUAACCAACAAUAAGAACCUCACAGAAGAGAGACAACAGCUACUAACAAACAAUAGGAAGCUUAAGGAAGAGAGAGACCAGUUGAAAUCAGAAAUAAUUGAUCUUCAGAAGAAGUUUGCGGAUGGAUGGAAGUGUCAUCAAUCCAGUCUUUACUUCUUUUCCUCUGAGAAGAAGAACUGGGAUGAGAGCAGAAGAUACUGUAGAGAGAGAGGAACAGAUCUGAUCAUCAUCAACAACAGAGAGGAACAAGAUUUUGUGAAGAACAUUACUGGUAGUUCUGAGCAUUUCUGGAUUGGUUUGACUGAUAUUGAAGUGGAGGGCAGCUGGAAAUGGGUUGAUGGCAGCACACUGACCUCUGGGUUCUGGGCGUCUGGAGAUAAACAGCCAGACAACUAUCAGGGAAAUGAAGACUGUGCUAACACUCGUUCAUCAGAAUGGUAUGAUACUAGUUGUGAUGGUAGUGUUAAAUGGAUCUGUGAGAAGAGGAUCCUUAAAUGAUACAUUAUAAUAAAAAUGUACAUAUAUGCAUUAUGAACAAAUAAAUGUCAGCAAUUUUACCUGUUUUUUU